AUGCAGAACAUGGAAGAGAUGAAGCUCCUUUGUGUAACCUUUACACUGCUUAGCAUCUCUCUGACGUAUGGAAAGAUUUCAGAGUACCAGCUGGAGACCGAGAGUCUGAGUCAAUGUGAACAGCUCAGGGCUGUCAGUUCAAUGCAGGGACAUGAGCACAUAGCCCAGUGCUCUGAGGACGGCCGAUUUAGGCAUGUUCAGUGUAAUCGUGGAGGCGGGGAGUGUUGGUGUGUGAAUGUAGAAGGACUUGAGAUACCUGGGAGUCGACAAAAUGGAUCCACGGUUCAUUGUUUAACCUCGUGCCAGCUCCAGAGACAGCAGGCCCUGCGAACUGAAGGCAUCACACUGGUGCCAGCAUGUUUGGACUCAGGUGAGUUCGAGCCGGUGCAGUGUGAUGCGUCCCGUGGCCAGUGCUGGUGCGUGGACCAAGAAGGCAUGGAGAUCUAUGGAACCAGGCAGAAUGGAAAGCCCUCAAAGUGUCCUGGUACUUGUGAGGUAAGACAGUGGCGACUCCUUCAUGGUUUCGGAGAACCCUCUCCCCCUCAGUGCUCAAAUGACGGGGGCUUCUUACCUGUGCAGUGCAAGUUUGUCAACACCACUGACAGGAUGAUAUUUGAUCUGUUACACACCUUUAACAGAGACCCAGAAGUGUUCCAGACAUUCAGUGCUUUCAGAAAGGCCUACCCAGAGCUCUCUAGUUAUUGUUUCUGUGCAGACAGUCGUGGAAGAGAGAUGCCAAGCACAGGUGUGGAGUUGCUGUUGGAUGAGGUGUAUGACACAGCGUUUUCAGACCAGACUGCAGGAAGUACAUUUGCACAGUCAAACAUGUAUCGAAUCCUACAGCGUCGCUACCUUGCCGUCCAGCUGGCCAUGAGCGGGAGAUUUAGAUGUCCCACCCCAUGUGAGAGCGAACGGGCCGCAGCUACUCAGGCUGGCAGUUCCUUUGUACCCUCCUGUAUUGAUAACGGAGCAUAUGUGUCAACCCAGUGUCAGUCCAGUGGCCAGUGUUGGUGUGUGGAUACUGAUGGCAAAGAGAUCUUUGGCACACGCCAGUAUGGAGUACCAAAUUGUAGCACUGGAGUGAAGGACUGCCUGUCUGAGAGGAGACACGCCCUCUCCAGGCUUUUUUAUGGCCCAGCUGGAGACUUCAGCAAGAGCAACGUGUUCACCAUUUCCAAAGACACCCUCUCUUUUCUUGGUACUUGCAGUCCUGAAUUCCAGGAGCUUUUGGCCAACUCUGGUCUUCUUCAGUUGUUGCCAGAGUUGGAGCGUCCAAAUGUCGGAGACAUCCUGGCAGAGGUCCUCCAAGGGAUGUUUCCCUCUGGGGCUCUUGCCCUGAAAGCUCUUGCUCUUGCCCCGAAUCCCAAGAGACUCCAGGAGAAUCUCUUUGGAGGAAAAUUCCUAAAGAGCGCUGGCAAUUUCAACUUCACCGGCACUGUUGGAAACCGUGGUACAUUGAGUUUCAGUCAAGUUUUCAGUCAAGUUGGUCUGAUGCAAGCUGUGACCGACUUGAUGCAGUUGGCCAAGACAGUUACAGAUGACUCUGCCAGUCUUAAUCUAGACCAAGAGAUUUCUGAUGCAUUUGGUCGUUCGGUGAACCUGAAAAACAACCGAGAUAUGAUUAAACUUGUUUCAAUGGCUCUUGAGAAUGAGCAAUUUCUCACUGUACUUCGAGAAGCAAUCAAACAGUUGAAGGCAGAAGAAAGCAGCCAGUUGGGUCAACUGUUUCGUGCCAUUUUCCAGAAAUCAGAUGUUUGCAAGUCUGUGACUUCAACCUCGACUCUGUAUGUGCCCCAGUGCACUGAGGAUGGACGAUACCAGGAAGUUCAAUGUCAGGGCUCAGAGUGUUGGUGUGUGGACUCUCGCGGUCUGGAAAUAACAGGUUCUCGCACCACUGGGUCCAGACCGAGAUGCUCAUCCCAGUGUGAGAAAGAACGCCAGAUGGCGAUUGCAGUCAAAGCCAGCAGUUCUGCAGGAUCUGAGGUCUUCAUUCCUAAAUGUGAGACUGAUGGUGCUUACGUUGCACGUCAGUGUCUUGGCAAAAGUUGUUUCUGCGUGGACCGUUCUGGAACAAAACUCAGCAUUCAGAGUUCAGGAAGCUCUCUUCAAUGUCCAACAAGCUGCCAGGCAACAGCGACCCAACAAUUCCUGUUCACAGUCCGCUCUGUUUUCUCUGAUCCAUCUUCUAUAACCCAGCUUUCUGAAGUGUACAUCCCUCGUUGUGCCUAUGAUGGCAGCUGGCAUCAGAUCCAGUGUGAUGGACCUCCAGAACAAGUAAUUGAGUUCUACCAUGAGUGGGUUCGGAUCAUAAAUUCCGGACAAGACUUGCCCUUUUCAGAAGUUCUCGGAAUUCUGCAAGCCUUUGCAAGAAACACAGAAGCAAUGUCUUCAUUCAGAGUCUUUGUAUCUGAAUUGUUCAAAGCUGGGCAAUAUCGAGUGUUCCCUGUCUUGGCAAGAUUUGGGAAGUUCUCUGAUAUUCCAUCUGACAUUUUAGAUGGGAAUGUUGAGGCCAUCUAUGGACCAUCAGUUUUCCUGAAUCCGUUAUCGUUAUGGAGACUGAUCAGAGGAGAGGAUUCCGGUUAUCCAGGCCCGCUAUCAGAUUUCAGUGUUCCUCUUGGGAGCUUUCACCUGCGUCAGUGCUGGUGCAUUAACCCUCAAGGAGACAUGCUAGCAGAUAGCAAGGCUCCUGUUGGACAAAUCCCCAAAUGUCCAGGUCCAUGCUCUAUGGUUCAAAACCAGGUCUCUGAGUUCCUGAAGCAGGCUGAAGAGCUAAUCUCUGCUUCAAACAACUCACAUGUGCCUGUGGGUUAUGGUUUUCUCCUGGCUGAGAGUGUCUAUCUGAGCCCUGAGGAGCUGGAGCAGAUGCGCACCUCAAAGAUCCCCGUCACUCAGACUCUGCUGAACAACACCAACUCUGCCCUGAGACUCGCAGCUCAUUCCACCCUACAUUUCUACUGGCAGAGCAGACUGAUGGCCAAUGACAAAGACAGACAGAGUUUAAUGCUGGGAUACCAGCCCUACAUCCCACAGUGUGACGCUUAUGGCCAGUGGCUGCCCAAUCAGUGCUACCAAAGCACAGGUCACUGUUGGUGUGUUGAUGAGGAGGGAAGAUACAUCACAGGCUCUCUGAUGUCUCGUUCUGCACCCUCUCGGCAGUGCCAAACUACGUGCCAAAGGCUUCAAAGCAACUUCCUGCUCUCUGAUUGGACACAAACAAGCUCUAAUAUCACUUAUACAUACAGCCCAUCAUGUGAGGAGGACGGUGAGUUUUCGAUACUCCAGAAGCCCGGUUCAGUCCAUUCACAGGGGUUGUGCGUAAGUCCUAUAACCGGACAAGUCAUCCAACCUGCCAUCACCAGUCCUUCUGGAGAAUUGCAAUGUCCAGGUUGGUGUUCUCUACAGAAAACUCUGACAUUGCAGAGAGAGAUCGGUGUGGGCUAUGAGCCUCAGUGUGUGCAGGACGGGCAGCGAUUCUCACCCCUGCAGUGUGACCUGUCCUACUGUUGGUGUGUUUCUCAAAGCGGAAAGGAACUGCCAGCGACACGCACCAACCGCAGCACAGGACAAACCCCAGCCUGCGACAUUCCUGAGUGCCCCCUUCCAUUUGGAGAUAUUUACCAUGGUGCUGUUCAGUGUAGCACUGCGAUUGUUGCGGGUCAGCAGACGCAGCGCUGUGAGCUGUUCUGUGACCAAGGUUAUGUCAACACCCUUCCUGUCACCAGCUUCCUGUGUGAUCCCCAGGCGAAAAACUGGCUUGAUGAUGCUCCACUGUCCUAUGCCUGCCAAAAGCCUCAGGUUGUGCAGACAGUGCAGGUGUCCUUACAGCUGAAGCUGCCCCUGGCUGAGGGUCAGCAGAGUUGCAGCAGCCAGAGUGUUGAGCUACGGGCUGCUUUGCUGCGAGACAUGAGAGCUACAGGCCUCUGCAGCCUACAGCUGACCUUAUCUGGCCAGACCAGCUCUGUUGCAGUCUGUGACGAGUCAUCUGUGUCUCUUGAGUGUUUGAAUGACAAGGAAGUCACUGCACACAUCACCUUUAGGGCCAGACUCUCUGACCUGCCAAUAACAUCUCUCCCUGAUCUCCAUGACAUUGAUAUGGCACUUAGUGAGGAGAGGUUGUUAAAUGGCGUGAAGGAAUUAAUCCAAAGUGGGUCAUACCGGUCCAUCUUCCUCUAUGACCGUUCUCUCGCUCUUUCUAUUCCUCCCUCGUUUAGCUGCAUGGAUGGCUAUAAGCAGCUCCCACAAUCCACUGGGUGUGUGGUGUGUCCAGCUGGUUCUUUUUCUAGUGGUGGUGUGUGUACUUCGUGUCCGCGUGAUACAUUUCAAGCGGAAAAAGGGCAGGUCUUCUGUUCUCCCUGCCCCUCGGGAACAUCCACUGUGGCCCAGGGAGCCUUCAGUGCUUCUCAUUGUCUUACUGAGUGCCAGCAGAGUAAACUGAGUUGUACAAAGAAAGGGGAAUUCCUGUCAGCCCAGAAGGACCCCAUGUCUGGCAGAUGGUUGUGUGUCUCUUCACAGGGGGAGGAACUUUCCUGGACAUCUUCUGAUGCUCCAAUGACUGUUGAAGAGUGCAAAGUAAUGGAAAAGUUCGAGGUGGUUGCCCCUUCCUCCCUGCUGCUUAAAUCAGAGAGUGCUGAAAUACUGAGCUCUGAUUCUUCAACCCAGCCAAAGGAGAAACAGCUCAGGAAGUGUGUGCUUGAUUGUGCCCUGGAAGAUUCUUGCCAACAUGUGGCUAUUUUCAGUGAUAAAGAGAAAACUUACUGUGAACUGUAUAGCACAAGUGCGGAUAAUGUUGAAUGCAGGACCUCUGAGCAAAGCAAAGGGUUUCUGGGAAAUGAUGGCGCUGAGACGUUCCAGACUCUCAACUGUGUUCUGAAAAUAAAAGGAGAUGAACCCAAUCUGAUGGUGCUGAGAAAGAAAGGUCAUGAAUUCGGCACAGCAGGCCUGAAGAGUUUUGAGAGGCUGAGUUUCCGUAAGACUGGUUCUGGAGUGUAUCGGACGCUUGUGUUUGAUGCGCAUGGAACCACUCUGGCUGACGUCCAUCGCUUCUGCGUCAACUCUUGCAGUCGUGAGAACUGCUGUGAUGGAUUCAUCCUUAACCAGAAUGUCCUCGAUGGAGGCUUUAUCAUGUGUGGGCUCCUGAGCGCUCCUUCAGUGCUGCAGUGCAGUGAGGCAGACUGGGACGUGAGGGGCGUGGCCUCCUCCAGCCGCAUCUGUGGUGCUGGUGUCCAAUACAGCAAACCACUGAAACGUUUCACUUUCAACUUUGGAGGACAGAACUUCACCAUCACUGAUGCAGCCUUACCGGCAUCCAGCAAAAAUAAAACUGGCUACCAGGAAACUCUCUUUAGCUUCCAACGUAUCUACCUUUGGAAAGAGUCUGAUAUGAACACGCGUCCAAAAACUCCCUCUGCUUGCAGUGGAUCAGCUUUUGUAGAAGAUUCCAAAAUUACACUUUCUGACUCAGUAAAGGAGACAUUUGGUGUUCUGGAGAAUGGUGACGUAAAAGUCGACCCAGAGAGGGAACUUCCCAGUCAGCUUUACUGGAUCUUUAAACACCAAUACACUUUCCAGGAGGCACAGCUGUGGUGUCUGAAACGCUGCGGAGAAGAACAACUCUGCCACGUAUCCGACAUUCGUGAUGAAGGCCCUCUGUAUUUUGCAUGUGUAUUGUAUCCUGACACGCGUGUAUGUGGGGCGUAUGACAAACCUCUCAGGCAGGCAUGCAGUUUAGUGAUGACACAGAGUCUUCAGGCUGCAUACCAGAAGAAAGUUUCUCUGUUAGGAAGUGUGAAGAGUUUCUACAGUCGUGUUACUUUUAAGAAGAUGGUGUCCUACUCUGUACGCAGUCGAGUCAGUCUGUCCAGUAAAUCUAUCACAGAAGGGUUUUUUGAGUGUGAGAGGCGAUGUGAUGAAGAUCCAUGCUGCCGUGGCAUAGGAUAUGUCCAAGAUUCCGGUGUACCUAGAUCAGAUGUGUUGUGUCUAACUCUGAAUAGUCUGGGUAUCCAGACAUGUGGUGAGAAUGACAGUACUAACUGGAGGAUUCAGGACUGCUCUCCAUCCGAAGUGCAGACUGAAGUCUAUCCCUUCGGCUGGCAUGAAAAACCAGUAAACCAAUGGAUAAAGAAUCCCAGUGUGUGUCCACCAUUUAGUCUCCGCUCUCCCUCAAAGAACGCUGAUUUGAAGAACUGGAAGCAGUUGGAUGCCACCUCUGUCAAGGUGGAUUCAUCUGUUUCAGCUUUUGACAUUGUCCACAUAAGCAGAGAUAUAGCAGAGGAUCUGGAUAAAGUCAGAGACUGGUGUCUAUCUGCCUGUGAGGAAAGUGAGUCCUGUUCAGCUGUGUCUAUCGAAAGCAGAGAGUCAGCCAUGAGAUGUGUGAUGUAUCCAGACACACACACCUGCCUUCCUACAACCAGCGGCCAGCGCUGCUUCUUAGUCACCAAAGAGCCUGCUCAGUCUGUUUACGUCAGGACAGGUUUACAGCCAGAGUUGACUUCUGUUUCCAUUCCUGAUCACGGGACACUUCUCGGAGAGAGUGAGGUGAAACCCAUAACUGGCUCAGAUAGCAAGCGUGUAACCUAUUUCCUGGGUGUCCCUUAUGCUCGUCCACCAGUCGGAGAGCUCCGUUUCAGCCCUCCACAGCCAGCUGACUGGACCGGUAUCUGGAAUGCCACGUUUUCUCGAUCCAGCUGUCUUCAACCUGGCGAUCCCACUGACUCCACCUCCAGUGAAGACUGUCUGUACCUCAAUGUAUUUGUUGCUAGUAGUGUGGGAAAGAAUGCUCCGGUUCUGGUGUUCUUCCACAACUCUGGAUCGGGUCUCUUAGAUGGGUCUUACCUCACUGCUGUUGGCAACAUAAUUGUAGUGACAGCCAGUUUCAGGGUGGCCGCUUUCGGUUUCCUCAGUGCAGAUUCCAGUGCUCUGCCGGGGAAUUAUGGGUUGCAGGACCAGGCAGCUGCUCUGGGAUGGGUUCAGAAGAACAUUGCUCAUUUUGGAGGAGACCCCACUAAAGUCACAGCAGGGGCAGAGAGAAACGGUGCCGACAUUGCGAGUCUUCAUCUUACCUCACCGUCGGCUUCAUCACUUUUCCACCGAGCUUUGCUAAUGGGUGGAUCGGUGUUUUCUCCAGCUGUUGUAAUGAGUACAUCUAAAGCCCAGGCGCAAACUGCAUCUCUGGCUAGGGAACUUGGCUGCUCGGCCUCUGAUAUUUCACAGCUGCUGACCUGCCUAAGGAGUAAACCAGCUCAGAGCAUCAAUGCUGCCCAGACAAAGUUGUUAGCAGUGAGUGGUCCCCUGCAGGCCUGGUCACCAGUGGUUGAUGGAACUGUAGUUCGGGAAAAGCCUUCUGUGGCCCUUCUGUCCGGACGCUUCCACAAAGUUGAAUUACUUCUAGGGUCAUCAUUUGAAGACGGUCUCAUCAGCAGAGCCAAGAACAUCAAGAAUUUCGAGCAGCUUCAGGGAAGGGCUGACAGCAAGACAGCAUUUUACGCAGCCCUGUCUAACUCUCUGGGUCGAGAUGAUGCUAAUGCUUUCGUGAAGGAGGCCGCGACCUGGUUCUACUCUUUGCAACACUCCCCCACACCCUCAGGAUACAAUGUGUUCUCUCGCGCACUGGAAAAUGCUACGAGAGAUCUCUUCAUCAUCUGUCCAGCUGUGGACAUGGCUGAAUUCUGGGCAGCCAACACACGGUCCAGUGUUCACAUGUACCACCUACCUGAGGAAGCUACCUACAACAGUGUUGAUUUGUCAGUGCCGAUGGAUGUGCAGUACCUCUUUGGAGUUCAUCUUGCCUCAGAAAUGCAUGACCUCUUCAGCUCCAAAGAGAGAACGCUUACCUUGCAGAUCAUGAACUAUAUGGCAAACUUCAUAAAGUCUGGCAACCCCAACCUGCCUCUUGCAGCAUCUAGGACGUCCUUCAGUAAGUUCUUACCCCCAUGGCCUCAGUUCAUGGCUCACCUGGAUGGACGGGGCUAUAAGGAGCUGUCCUUUACACUCAGUAACCGCAAGAACCUCCAGAGUCCUCAGUGUUCCUUCUGGUCUCAAUAUGUGCCGAAUUUGAUCACCUCUACCGCCAAAUUCUCCUGUGAGACUUCAGUGGGAGAUUCUGGAGGUAUUCAAAAUCCAACCCAAGAGCCAAAGUCAAUCCCAGACGCCAGCUUCUCUCUGACUCCAAGCAAACCUAAAUCUGAGAAAGAUGCCUACAAUUAGUCUCAAAAUGUUCAGAUUUUCUUGUAAUUGCUUGUUCCAGAACCAA